AUGGGGUGGCUGUCCCAUGGCAUCGUCCCCCUCAUCGCCUGGUGCUUCGUCACCUUCCAGGCGGCCUCCUGCCUGCCGGACCAGCGCGGCAGCCACGCCGAGGAGCGUCUCUUCAAGCACCUCUUCACCGGCUACAACCGCUGGUCACGGCCGGUGCCCAACACCUCCGACGUGGUCAUCGUGAAGUUCGGGCUCUCCAUUGCACAGCUCAUCGACGUGGAUGAGAAGAACCAAAUGAUGACCACGAACGUCUGGCUGAAACAGGAGUGGAGUGACUACAAGCUGCGCUGGGACCCGGCUGAAUUUGACAAUGUCACCUCCAUCCGCGUGCCCUCCGAGAUGAUCUGGAUCCCCGACAUCGUGCUCUACAACAAUGCCGACGGGGAGUUUGCUGUGACCCACAUGACAAAGGCCCACCUCUUCUCCAAUGGGAAGGUGAAGUGGGUGCCACCCGCCAUCUACAAGAGCUCGUGCAGCAUCGACGUCACCUUCUUCCCCUUCGACCAGCAGAACUGCAAGAUGAAGUUCGGCUCCUGGACCUACGACAAGGCCAAGAUCGACCUGGAGAACAUGGAGCACCACGUGGACCUCAAGGACUACUGGGAGAGCGGCGAGUGGGCCAUCAUAAAUGCCAUCGGCACCUAUAACUCCAAGAAGUAUGACUGCUGCACCGAGAUCUACCCCGACAUCACCUUCUGCUUCAUCAUCCGUCGCCUCCCGCUCUUCUACACCAUCAAUCUCAUCAUACCCUGCCUGCUUAUCUCCUGCCUGACCGUGCUGGUCUUCUACCUGCCCUCUGACUGUGGGGAGAAGAUCACCCUCUGCAUCUCCGUCCUGCUUUCCCUCACGGUCUUCCUGCUGCUCAUCACGGAAAUCAUCCCGUCCACCUCGCUGGUCAUCCCUCUCAUCGGCGAGUACCUCCUCUUCACCAUGAUCUUCGUCACACUCUCCAUCAUCAUCACCGUGUUCGUCCUCAACGUCCACCACCGCUCCCCCAGCACCCACACGAUGCCCCGCUGGGUCCGUAGCUUCUUCCUGGACUUCAUCCCUCGCUGGCUCUUCAUGAAGCGACCCCCGGUGCUGCCUCCCCCCGAGGGGACCACGGGGCAGUACGACCUCCCGGGGACGAGGCUCAGCACCUCCCGGUGCUGGCUGGAGACCGAUGUGGAUGACAAGUGGGAGGAGGAGGAGGAGGAGGAAGAGGAGGAAGAAGAGGAGGAGGAAGAGGAGGAGAAGACAUACCCCAGCCGCAUAUCCCAGGCGGGCUCCCGCAGCCAGGGUGCCCAGUGCCGCUACGGCUGUGGGCGCCAAGCUGGGAAGGCAUCGGCAGGCUCAGCCCCCCGGGUGCCCCCCAAGGGGGAGGAGGAGGAGGAGGCGGGCUCAGACCGGGGGCUGAUGCUGUCCCCCAGCAUCCUGAAGGCCCUGGAAGGGGUGCAGUACAUCGCGGACCACCUGCGAGCCGAAGAUGCUGACUUCUCGGUGAAGGAGGACUGGAAGUACGUGGCCAUGGUGAUCGACCGCAUCUUCCUCUGGAUGUUCAUCAUCGUCUGCUUGCUGGGCACCGUGGGGCUCUUCCUCCCGCCCUACCUGGCGGGGAUGAUCUAGGGGCUGGGCCAGGCUGUGGUGGGGACGGCAGGAGAUGCACGGUCCGUUCUCCUGGGAGGAGACCUUCCCUCUCCCUGGGAGGACAUGGGUGCAACCAUGGAGGACCCUUGGAUGGGAAAUGCAGUGUGAAGCAAGGGCUGUGCUAAGGGGUGACCUGGGGAUGGUGGGGAGGGAUGGCCACCUGCCAUCCUGCCCACGGUGGUCACAACCAUCCUGGCAUGGAGAAAGGCAUGCUACAGGUUCUCCAUUGCCCAAGCACAGGCUGGAGGCAUCUAGGAGAGGCUCUGUCUCCUCGAGCUGCUGCAAAUCCUACACAAAACCCGAGCGCUGCUUCUGGUUGUGACUCCAACGUGCUGGGCAAGAAGAGAGGACAUCCCACCUGCUUUAUGACCUCAGGGUGCUCAGGACCGCAAGCUGGUGAAGUCAUGCAUGACGUGGGGCAGGCAAUAAGGCUUUGGAUGGUCCAUGCAGAAGGGGUACAGCCAUGGGAGGAGAGAGAUGUCCCUGCUCUGCAAAGCCCAGCCCAGGCACAGACCCUCUGCAACCCGCUGACACCAGCGGCUCCUUCCACACCAUCCCACACUGGAGCUCGGGGCGGCAGGGAGACGGGAACAGCCGACCCAGAAAUGGGGGUGGCUUGGAAGGGAAAAACCACCCUGUGGAACAGGAUAACCCACCCAGCCACGGGCAGAGAGCGUCCAUGGACCCUGGGAGCUCAGGGCUGCUGCCUCACGCCGAGGCUGGUGGACUCCGCUGGUGUCGGGGGAACCUGCGCUGCCGAGGUCCAUCCUGAGUGAAUCCUCCCCUCCAUCCCACGCUAGAUGCCAAACCGCCUGUCUCUGAUGACUGCUGCAAUCUAGCUUUUAAUUUCUAGCUUCCACGUGCCCGAAAAGACCCAUGCUAUAGAGCACCUCCUCUCUUCUUCCAUGCCCUGAGAGACACCAGGUUUUUCCUGGUUUUUCCUCUCCUCCAGGAGCCCGACCCGUCACGGUGCUGGAUGCAGGCUGAGGGCGUUUCAGAAAACACAUUGAGUGUGGCCAGCAGGUGGAGGGAGGUCAUCCUCCCCCUCUGCUCUGCCCUGGGGAGGCCACAGCUGGAGCACUGGGGCCAGUUCUGGGCUCCCCGGGUCCAGAAGGACAGGGAACUGCUGGGGAGGGGACAGCAAAGGGCUACCGAGAUGAUCAAGAGAUGGAGCAUCUCUGUGCUGAGGAAGGGCCGAGAGCCCUGGGGCUGUUCAGCUGGAGCAGAGCAGGCUGAGAGGGAUCUCAUCAAUGCUCAGCAAUAGCUAAAGGGCGGGGGGCAAGAGGAUGGGGCCAGGCUCUUCUCAGUGGUGCCCGGGGACAGGACAAGGGGCAACGGGCACAAACUUGACCAUGGGAAGUUCCAUCUCAACGUGAGGAGGAACUUCUUUGCUGUGAGGGUGGCAGAGCCCUGGCACAGGCUGCCCAGAGAGGUGGGGGAGUCUCCGUCUCUGGAGACAUUCCAACCCCGCCUGGACGCGUUCCUGUGCCACCUGCUCUGGGUGAC